AUGAUCUGCAGAAUCAAUAAAACCAUUUUCGAUGGUAUUUACGAGUUGGUUGUGAAACCGAAGACGAUAAGACACCGUUUCGGACUUUACGAUGAGAUCACUUUUUCGAACGGCAGAAAGACGCGUCAUUGCAACUGGAUUCGUUUUCUCAAAGUUAUGGAGUCUUAUGGAUCGCAGGUGAACAUGGUGUGCACGAAAGUCAAGGGCGAACCAAUUUACGAAGUCGUCAAACCGAUUCCCAUGCACCAAGAGAUCAUUGUUUACUAUUUACCCGAGCGACCUGAAGAAUUGUUUUUCUCGCGUAUGAGAAAUACCAUUUACCGACAAACAAUGGAUUCGAUACUGGAAGAUUCACCACUGGAUUUGUCAUUGUCGUUGCUAUCACGAGUACUCUUACCCAUCUCACCGCCAUCAGAAGACGAACAUAAAUCAAUAUCGGGAGAAUCAUUGCAGUCGUCGGGUGCCAGCAGUACGGGGGACUUAAUAGAUUCUGCGAUCGUUCCAAAGUCAACACCAAAGUCUCGACCAGUUAGAAAUGAAAGAAAUCUCUUACCGUGUGAAGUUUGCGGAAAAGCUUUCGACCGUCCAAGUCUUCUAAAGAGACACAUGCGAACGCAUACUGGAGAAAAACCGCAUGUUUGUAGUGUCUGUGGAAAAGGCUUCAGCACAUCAAGCUCAUUAAACACUCAUCGUCGUAUUCACUCUGGGGAGAAACCUCACGAAUGUAAUGUUUGUGGUAAACGAUUCACAGCCAGUUCAAAUCUCUAUUACCAUCGAAUGACUCAUAUAAAGGAAAAACCACACAAAUGCAGUCUCUGUUCGAAGUCAUUUCCAACGCCCGGUGAUCUCCGUUCUCAUAUGUACGUUCACAGUGGAUCGUGGCCUUUCAAAUGUCAAAUCUGUUCGAGAGGCUUCAGUAAGCAGACAAAUCUUAAAAAUCAUCUCUUCUUGCACACUGGUGAUAAACCGCAUGGUUGCGAUAUCUGUUUGAAGAAGUUUGCUUUAGCAUGCAACUUGAGAGCUCAUAUGAAGACACAUGAAGGAGAUCCAACUGAAGAAUGUGUCCGAUGCAACAAAGUUUAUUUAGCAGCAACAGCAGAGUUGAAACAAGGCCUUUGCCCGAAAUGUCUCGAGAAUCCAGUUCCAAGUGAUGAUCAAGAGAACGAAGACGUUACAAUCUCACACCGCCAUAAGAAGUUUGCCAAUAAAUUAUUACGGAAAUUGACGAAUGAUACGACGAUGUCAGGAACGGAAGAAGAUCUCUCAAAUGCAUCGUCAGAAAAUUUACGUCAUAAAUCUUUCCAAGCAUUUAUUGAAUGCUUCACCAAUCAUAAAUAUACGACAAUGAUAAAAGAAUCAGCGAACAUGAAAUAA